CAGAAGUCCCGACAGGCGAUUAGGAUACAAGAGAAAUCAAUGUUUGAACUUUAUCCUGGCAUAUAAUAAAUACGCCCUGAACACUGCUUUUCCUUCCAUCGGGUCGGUUAUUUUUAUAUUACUUGUUCAUCGCCCUGCAGGCUUAGACCUAAUGCAGUGUGCUUGCGGGGCUUGUGUGUUUGACCUGGGGGCUGAGGCGGCAGCGCCAAAUCGGAGGUCAGGUUUUACCGCCAUGUUUUCAAUACAAACUGCGCCGCGGCUGUACUGAAAAGAAUAAAGCGGCAAGGAUUAGAAUCCUCUGGCCACGCUUUUGGCCUGUCCGAAGACAGUGAGGCGACACCAGGGGCGGGCCAGGUUGGUGUCUCGAGUCGCAAGGCCACCAAGAAGCAGUUGCAGCCGUUGUGGAGUUAUGUAAGAUGCCCCAAUGUCCUCAUGCGCCGUGAACAGGGCCCCUCGAAAUUUGUCAGGUCUCUGGGGGAGUAGGAGGAAAACUUGUGAGCUUGAUGUCGGGGCAUUGAUGCAAAAUGUCCCGGUCCGGGCUCUGCGGCGUCCUCACCACGCGUCGUAAACCGGGCUGUUUUGCCUUGAGGGAGGGGAGGGCUUGCCAAGGCCCUCUUGAGCAUUCCUUCGGCGGCCAGCCGCUGGCCAGAGCAAGAUAUCGGAGGCUUGUAGAGCCCGACGUGCAGGCUAGUCACACCCUCUAACGGGGAUCGUGGACGCACUUCUCCAACCACUCCGGGGCACAGCCGUCGGCCCCCUGGAGUCUACUUGGCGCUGAGGCCAGCCGAGAUGAGACCAGGUAGAGUCUCUCGAAGCAGGAUCGACGCAUGGGGUGGAUGAGCAUGGCUUGACCUCUCCACUACGGUAGCCGCUGGUUACACGACGAGACUCCUGCUGUCUUUAAGUUGCCGAUCCCCGCUCCCUCCUCCGUCCCUGGCUCUCGCGUGGACGGUUUGCUUUCUUCUUGGCCUGGAGGUGCUUCUCUGCUCUUAAGUACUAAGCUCAUGGGUCACCUUAGUCCCUGCUAGCCAGCACGUUGCCCGAGACGAUCUGUGUCUUCUAGAUCUUGUAUAUACACGCUCUCUCUCUUCACAUCCCUCACCCUCUCCCUCCCCCACACCGAAAAUGGCCGACGCCAACGGACCCCAGGCCCUCUAUGUGGAGGGGCCAGAGCCAGUCAAGCACGACAACAACUACCCCCAAGCCCACGCAACGGCAACAGCAACACAGCAAGACCAGGGCUGGUGGGGGCCGCCGCCGUCGCAGCAACAACACCCAGGGACGCCGUCGACAAGCUACGUGGCCACGUCGCCGCCGCCACGAGCGCUGGCGCCCCAGCAUGACUACCCCCAGUCGCAGUACGAAAAAGCCGCGGACGGCAGCGGCAGCAGUAGCAGCGGCCGGCACCCCGGCUGGCUGCUCGCCGCAGCGGCGUGCCUCCUGGGUGUCAUCGUCGGCGGCGCCAUCGUCGGUGGCGUGCUUGGAUCCAUGCUGGCGAGCCGACCGGCCGCGUCGGCAGGCGGGGCUGCGUCGCCAGCGACCGAGUGCAGAACCGCCGACUCGGCGAGCAGAACCACAGCUCCGCCAGCAGCCGGCAGCCCCAGCGGCACGUCGUCGUCGUCGUCGUCGUCAUCGGCACCACCGGCGGCAACAGCCGGGGCGGCGGCGGCGGCCAUGCUGACCAACUACGAGGCGGCCAACUGGCGCAACGUCAGCACGCUCGCCUUCCCCUGCCCGCGGCUCGAGGGCCAGACGGUCGAGGCCAUGGACGGGUCGCGGUACCGGGUUGAGUGCCGGGUCGACUCCAUCGGGCGCGGGCGGGAGGCGCCCUUCGACAUGAAGGACAUACAGUCGGUGGUGGCCUACAGCUUCGAGGACUGCGUGCGGUCGUGUGCCAGCUUCAACAAGCUGUCGCUCAAGAUCCAGGGCGCGUCGCCGGCCAUGGUGUGCCGCACCGUCGUGUGGCGGCGCAGGAUGGACGAGAGGCAGUUUUUCGACACGGGCGGCAACUGCUUCCUCAAGAACGCGACGCGCGCCGCCGACGUGAAGGGGUUUCCGUGCGACGAGUGCAUGUCGGGGACGCUGCUGUGA